AUGCCUACUGAUGAACAACAUCGCACCCACACUAGGCCUGGCACGCAACUCUCGUCGAGCCAAGUUGCAAAGCUCGACCGACUUGGCUUAUACUUCAACUCGCCUGAGCCUGCUAUCAUCUGCAAAGAAUGCAGGUACGCGAUAACAGCAGAUAAAGAUCGUGUGUCCCGGCACCUCGGCGAGAUCCACCAGGUCGACAAACCAGCCCGCCGAGGCCUGAACAAGCUCAUUCGCUCGCUGAAUCUUCCCGACCCCAAGGAUCUUGGUCCGCGGCUCGAUGGUAGUAUUCCUCAUCCUCAUCUGAAAGACAUACAUGGCUCAGCAUGCAAGUUCUGCGGUCUCCGAUCUACUAGCGACGUUGUUCUGGAAAGUCAUCUCAGAAAGAGUCACGCAGCAGCGAUCAAGCUCGCUGGGAAAUCGGGCCAUCGUUGGUUACGAGAUCACAUUCAAAGAGGACUUAUCUUGCAGAGUUGGGUGGCUCAGGGAAUACAUAGGUCUUGGAUUGUUAGACGCGAGGAUGCUCAGACGCCUGCGAGGCAGGUAAAUACCAGCCUCCUGCUGCAAGCCAGCCCCGACCCCAUCAAGAACUUCACGCAGCAACUCCUCACGGAAGAACGCGAGCGCCUAGACAGGCAGUCCGACCGAGGAGCGCUACGUGGUGCCAGCGGGUCCAUGUCCUCUACCCUUUUCACCAAUUGGAUGCGGCGCACGGGUUGGCAGACUACAGUGGGCGAAGCUCGCCGCGAUAUCCUGGUUUCGCUUUCGGCAUUACCCUGCAAUCCGGAUCGGCCUCUGCAGCUUAGGGCUCUUGGUGAAGAAACGCUCUGGAGCCCGGCGAGGCAAGAACGCAGGCUCGCGCUGAUGGUGGCCGCACUGGACCGUCUCUUUGACCGAUGUGCCGACAGAGUACGGUGUUCUGACGUAUGCUUGAGAAGGUGGCUUCGUGGGAUCUUUCCGGAUCGGCCAUAUAAGUCGCCCUUUGAGCUUGUCUCUAGACCCUCGUCCGAACGAACGUACAGGGCAGAGCUGAAACGAUUCCUCUGCUUUUGGCUUCGGGUUUUCCAGUUGUCGCCCUCGGUAGCUAAGGCGGUUCUAGGCAGACGACUUCCCAGACCUCAACGU